AUGGCAUGCGGCGAGAAUAUAUUACAAGUGUGCAACAAUGCCAGAUACAACGGAACGUUUUUUCUUCCCUAUCCCCCCUCCCCUUCCUCCCAUUACCCUUCCCUCCCACAAACCCAGCGGCCGGCCAUCCAUACAUCCAGCAUCACACUCCUCUGCAGCAUCUAUGAAUUAUCCCAUACCGACGCACACUCGGUGGAUUAAGAAAAGGAGAAAAGGACGAGAAAAGGUCCCAAAAUGCACAAAAUAAAAAGGGCCUCCAAAGUAGAAGUGCCCCCGAAUGAAAAAAAGGAAGAAAAAAAA